GCCUGUAUGUCGCACGUCAGCGAGCUUUAUCUGCAGGAAACGGCGACUGAUUCGAUUAUGAGCGGCGCGCGCCACUGUUUCUGCUCCGUUGGUCGUUCUUCCUUGUCCUAGAAUAAUGCCAAUUUUUCCUUGCUUGAAAACAUCGCGGCCUUCCAGCAUGGAACAAAAUCAUACUGAAGAACCAAGUGCUGACAAAAAUGAGAAGCAGGAAUUGCCGGAAAAAGCAGGUGAGAUGCCCGCGGAGGGAAAAGUCUCCGGAUACCUGGACAAACGCGGACGCAUGCUGCCAACAUGGAAGCGUUACUGGUUCGUAUUGGACGGUCCAGUGCUGUUGCGUUUCCAAUCAGAGGAGGACUACAAAAACCUGUCGCCCUGCCAGAGCAUUCUGAACCUUGGACGCGUUGUGACCCUGCGGCCAGCAGGCUCGCGCUCAUCGCCACAAAUCGUUCUCGUCACAGAGGCCAACGUCAUGUACCUGAGAGCCAAGGAACAAAGUGAUCAGCAGAGGUGGCAGGCAGCCUUGCAUGCGUCCAUCGUAAAGUACUCGAACGCGUGGCAACCAGAGUUGAGCAACAGCGCGCGGAGGUACGAGGACGCCUGCCUGCCAGAGCCCCAGAACCAACCUGAGGUGCUAAGCACGAUGGAAAAGGUGCGGCGGAUGGGCCAGCAGUCCCUGGUGCCACCGGACCAGGUGUUGAACGCGUCCAAGAGCCUGCGGAAGGUAUCACCAGCGGUCAACGCGGGGAGAGCGUCACCGGCGCAGGACGAAGGUGUCGGUGAGAUCAAGGCCAAGCUGCCGACUAACUCGGCGGUGCACCGCAUGCUGGAAAGGCGGCAGGAGGACAGCAAACUGGAGAUGGUCGAGAUGGAGAAUCCGACCGAGGACGGCGGGGUUAAGGAGGACGGCGAAAAGGCGGAAGAGAAGAAGCAGGAAACCGACCCAAUAAGUGUGGAGGUUGACAUCAGGGUUGAGGAGAUCGCGAGUUCUGUGCAAUUGGGAGUGGAGGGCAGUAAAAAGGACGACAAGCACAUGUACAGUCAGGUCAACAAGAACCGAAAAUCGUUGCACAUUACACGAGACACUGUGCAAAAUGACAACCCAGAAAAUAACUUGGAAGAGGCCAAAAAUACUGGCAUGCCGCAAGAGACGGAACCUCAGGAGAAAAAUGAGAGUCCGCAACCCACAACGCUGUAUGAGAGCGUGGACACUGUGGACGAAGGAUAUGACCAAAUAAAGGAUACCUACCGCCUUGAGGACGGUUACGAAGCAAUAACAAAUGAAGAAGAGGAGGAGGAAGACAUUUACGCGACGCCCUCUGGUGAACAGGAUAUGGAAGAGGACGAAGAAGAUGAGCCUCUUGUCCCACCCCGGCCACAGCAGGAAACAUUCCACGCGAGUCCAGUGGUAGUGCUGGAGGCAGACAGUCCUGAGCCAGACUACGAGGACACAGAGGCCCUGUUCAGCGUGCAGUGGUCCGAGCCGGAGCCACCUCCAAGGCCGGUGGACAAAUCAGUGGACAGGACUUGCUCCGUCGACGAACUAGACGUCCUGCUCUGCAAGGGGGUCAAAACCGACAUCUUGAACAGCAGCACGUCGUCCGUCGACAAACAGCCCUCGACACCUCAGGUGGUCAGAGCCAUUCCCUGCGUGACCGGAGUGGAGUCCAGGGAGGAGAGAGCGGAAAAGGCCGCACACGAUUGGACACUGGACCUACCAGAUGUGGUGCCUCCAACAGAGCAGAGUGACGAGUCAGACAAGGAUGUUCCUGAGAUGAGCCUCGAGGAGGCCAUGCAGGUCAUUCGCAGGGCUUCGAGACGAAUUCCCAAGGUCUCUGAAAUAGAAGAUGAGAUGCACGAGGCCGUAGUGGUCAGGGUGCACACAGACGACCGCCAGAUCCUGCAACUGGACGGACCAGCGCAGUCCAAGCGGCUCUCGUUCGCCAAAGCUGACCUUGAGCUGACCUUGGAGGAGACCGUGGACACGAUGAAGACGCCGUUUGUGUCUUCUACCUUUGGCUGACCAAAUGCCUUUGAAAUAGCUUCACCAUGACAGUUCUUGCGUUACAAAAUGAAAUAAAUUCGAGGAUAUAAGGAUAGAUGCAAAAUUUAAGGCCUAGAAAAGUAAAUAUAUUUACACUUAAUAUAACAUUCAAUGUCUCCUUUUCUUUCCCCCUUUGAAACCCUUCUUGCCAAGUUGUUUUUUAACGCCAAGAGCUUCCUCAGUGUCAUCAGCAUCAUCGAUGGCAUGCUUUCUCUUGCGACCGCCCUUCUUGUCCUCGAUCUCUUUUUGCUCCUGAAAAUUUUUCAUGAAGGUAAUAAAUUUAGUACGUUUUAAUGGUCAACGAUGCGUUACCUUGAGUGCCUGUCGACGGGCCUCACCAACUCGCUCAUUUAAAAUCAUGACUUCUUGCUCUUCAGUUGGGAAAAGAGGCAACUUUUUCCCAAUCAAAUGUUCUAUUCUUUGAUACAAUUCAACAUCAUACUGAAAAUGCAUUUGACUGAUUGUAAUUUUAUGUAAAUAAAAUCUAUUGAUAAAAAGUAAAA